GAACAGCCGGUCAGACUGAUGGUAGUACCGUCUCCUGUUGUGGAACCAGCGCUCACACGCCGUCAAUUGUGGCUACUGCAGAUAUAAACCAAUGAAUCCUGCAACAGCAAUCCUCAGAGGGACCCGAGUCGUCCAUAACAUCAGACCUCUGCACACCACAUUUUGCGUCAACAUGCCGAUUAAGGUAGGAGAGCCUCUGCCUGCAGUUGAGGUCCAGGAGGGAGAGCCUGGGAAAAAGGUUUCCAUGGAUCAGCUCUUUAAGGGGAAGAAAGGUGUGCUAUUUGCUGUCCCAGGAGCCUUCACGCCAGGGUGUUCCAAGACUCACCUUCCUGGGUUUGUGGAGCAAGCUGGGCAACUUAAAAGCAAAGGCAUACAGGAAGUGGCCUGUGUCUCUGUAAAUGAUGCAUUUGUCAUGGCAGCUUGGGGCAAAGAACAUGGAACGGAUGGCAAAGUGAGAAUGCUUGCCGAUCCCACAGGAGCUUUCACAAAGGCUGUGGAUCUGUUACUGGACAGUGAUCAGAUUGUGCAAGUUCUUGGAAACCAAAGAUCCAAAAGGUACUCCAUGCUGGUUGAAGAUGGCGUGGUCAAGAAAAUCAACGUGGAACCUGAUGGCACAGGGCUAACCUGUAGCUUGGCAACCAACAUCAUGUCAGAUUUGGCUUAGACCUGGCUUAACAGCCUGCUCCAUAGAUCACCCGACAGUAUCCCUUGGAAACUAAAGUGAAAAAGAAUCAAGCUAAGGCGCACAAUAAUAUUUUUUUCACAUAGCUAUGCAGAAACCAUGUUACACAAAAUAUCCCUGUUUACAAAAUGUAUUACUGAGACUAAUAAAGUACACCACUGUUCAAAA